AUGCUCUUACAUUUUUAUUUAGCAGAAGAACGCUCCUGGGGAAUUAUUAGUCACUGUCCUAGGAUUGAACUUGAAGAUGGAGUUCGACUUGGUUGCCAUCACCAUUCAAGCCUGAGUCUCCACUUUCCAGUCCUCAGCAGGGAGAACUCGCCUAACCGCAGGAGCCCUUCCCAAGAGCCUGAGGCAUCCAACUCUGCGGCUCCUCCUGCUCCCCCUACGAAGAGACACUGCCGCUCUUUAUCAGUGCCAGAGGACCUAUCACGCUGGCGGCCUAUUUGGAGGCCCAGUGGGUCUAAGGUUUGGACUCCUGUCAAGAGGAGAUGUAAUAGUGGUGGGGUUGGAGCAGUACUGGGGGUGCAGACUGAAAGUCCAUCCCAAGGGGUCUCCAAUCUCAGGUUUCAAAAUGACCCCAGUGCCUCUUUACGAUGCAUCCAAGCCAACAGCCCUCCCUUCUUCAGCCUGGCUUUGUGCCGAGAGUCACCAGGUCCCUACACCCUUUCCCCAACCACUAUAUUUUGGGAAAACACAGAAGGGCCGAGUUGCUUUCCAUUGCAGCGCCGUUUUUCCCUGUCACCAGUACUCUUCAAGGAUGCAGGACGGUUCCUCCCUUCAGCCAGCAGCUCCCCACCUUCCACGCCAGAGCUGGUCCGGCGACAGCAAUGUCUGCCUCGUAGCCAGUCACAGCCCUGUGAUCUUGACACCAGGAAAUGUGGAAUCAAACGAAGGCACGAGGAAGAUACACGAUGGCAUCGUCCUUCUCUGGACUUCUACAAGAUGAACCAGAACACUGGUGCUAUGUGUUACUUGGACGAAGGCAGCUCAUCUCCUUUUCUGGCUUGCCAUGGGGAAUCUCCUUGCACUUCUGGAAGUCCCGUCACCACUUGCACACAGGCACUUAGUGAAGAAGAGGUCGGUAGAAGGGAUCACUCCUGCUCCCAGGCAAUGCUCUUCCAGCACGAUUUUGCGGACCUGGAUUUAAAUCUAAUUGAAGAGAAUUAAUACUCUCAGGAAACAUCAUACUUUAAACGGAGUUAUUGUACGGUGGACAUAUUAGCGAGAGUGUGAGGCUGCCAGGCACCGCCAGGGGACUUGCACCAGGAGCAUUCCACAAACAUUCUAACCUUCAUGACUGAUAGAUAUUGUGUGGGGGUUCAGGGCAAAAGGGAGUGAACAAAAAAAAAAAGCUUUGUCCUUUUUUGUUUUUUUUUGUUUUGUUUUUUUAAAGGAGAAGCCUGGGGCUGGGUCAUCUGGACCCCAACUACACUUCUCCAUUCCCAGUAAUACAGCUGGAAUUGGGAUCUCCCAUACCGAGUUACAAACUUUACAUAAAGGGUGCUGUGGGAUUGCUUUAUUUUUUUACAGAUGGCUUUUGGAAGGAUGUUCUGCACUGCCCCCAGGGGAUCACAUGCAAAUAUAGGUGUGUGAUUUAAUUCUUCAUGCUUAACUGACUGUUGGGAUAAAAAAAAAAAUGUAAACAAACAAGAUGGCAAAUCUGGUUGUGCACAAAGGCCGAGGCCUUGUUUUCAAAUGUAUUCCCCAAGACAAGAGUUCAGAGCUUCGCACCAAGGAAGUCCAAUCCCGUGUGUUCAAUUCAAAACACUUUUUUUGUUCUACAAUUCAUCAUGAAGAAGGCUGACAACAGAACAAAUGUUUCCAAUUGUCGUAUGUUUGUGGUGUUUUUGUUUUUUAUUUUAGUUUUUUAUUAUUAUUUUAUUGAUAUUUGCCUGUGGCAAAUGUUUUAGAAGAUGUAAUGAAUUUGUUCUUUAACAUUGCUGGCCAGUUAAAAGGAAGCUUCCAGUUCAUCCUGAACCCACAUUGCCUGCACUGCCAUCUUAGUCUUGCAUUACAUGGCCAUGCCAUUACCUCAGACAGGUGUUAUUUUAUUUUUUUCUGCAUAUACUAACCCUCCUGGGUGUCACUUUCCAAUUUCCUGCUCAGGUAUGAGUCUUGCCAGAAAGUGGAGUAUGAGUGAUUUGUAUUAUUCUUUAGUGUUCAUGAGCCCCCAGAACGCUCUCAUAACCUUUCAAUGAAGGAAGUGGUCAAGGUGUCAUGUGUCCGCCUUAAAUGUUGUUGGUAUGCUACUAUAUACGUUA